AAUUGAUCGUCAUCUGCACUUUGCCUUUUCCUAGAGAUUGUUAAUUAAUUUGAGCCGGUUCCUCUCCUUCUCUCAAGACAAACAUGGGUGUCACUACUUAUACUCAAGAAUUCACUACUUCCAUUGCCCCAGCUAGGAUGUUCAAGGCUUUGAUCCUUGAUUCCCACAAUCUCAUUCCCAAGCUGAUGCCCCAGUCCAUUAAGAGCAUUGAAAUUGUUGAGGGAGAUGGAGAUAUUGGAAGCAUCAAACAGACCAACUUCCAUGAAGGUAGCCAUUUCAAAUUCUUGAAGCACCGGAUUGAUGGUCUCGACAUGGAGAAUUUGGUGUGCAAGUAUACAUUGAUUGAAGGUGAUGUACUGGGCGACAAACUCAAAUCCAUCAUAUAUGAGGUGAAGUUGGAGGCAUCUGGCAAUGGAGGAUCCGUCUGCAAGAUGACAAGCGAGUAUCACACCGCCGACGGCAUUGACCUCAAAGAAGAAGAAAUCAAGGCAGGCAAAGACAAAGCUAUUGGCAUGUACAAAGUUGUUGAAGCCCACCUCUUGGAAAAUCCUGAACUCUAUGCUUGAAUCAUUCUCUCUCUCUCUCUGUUGAGAAGAUGAUAGUGGUCUUAAUUUCUUUCUCCUUAUAUAUACUACAGUUUGUAUGGUCGACUGGUCAUCUAUCUUUGUUUUCUUUACAUUUAUGUGGUAUGCCAACGAGUUCUUCAGUGUUAUAUUAUUGUGGUAACAAUAAAGUUAUUGGAAUUGAGAGUGA